GCUGCGCGGGGCUCCGGGACGGCAGGGCAGGGCAGGGGUCGUGCCGUGCCGUGCCGUGCCGUGCCGUGCCGUGCCGUGCCGUGCCGUGCCGGCAGGGGUUGUGCCGUGUCCCGAUGUCCCACCCCGCUCCCCGCCUCUAUGGGCGCUCCGCAGGGCAGGCGCAUCCCUGCCGGCCCCCGGUGCCCCCUCCCCCGCUGUGCGUUGCAUAAGCGGCCCCGUGACCUAAAGUCGAAUAGCGCUGCGUGUCACCCCAGGGCCAGGCGGGGAAACUGGGGCAGCGGGCCCGAGGAGAACGAAGACGAGGAGGAGGGAGGUGACCACCGCGGCUCCGAGCGGGGAGCUGUGGGCAGGAUGCAGCACCGCACCAUCCACCUCUUCCGGAAGGGCCUCCGGCUGCACGACAACCCAACUCUGCUGGCUGCACUGCAGUCCUCUGAGGUCGUCUACCCCGUCUACAUCCUGGACAGAGCCUUCAUGACGUCCGCCAUGCACAUAGGAGCCCUGCGGUGGCAUUUCCUGCUGCAAUCCCUGGAGGAUUUGAGGAGCAGUUUGUGCCAGCUGGGUUCCUGCUUGCUGGUCAUUCAAGGAGAGUACGAGUCUGUAGUCAGAGAUCACGUCCAGAAGUGGAACAUCACGCAGGUGACUCUGGAUGCGGAGAUGGAACCCUUUUACAAGGAGAUGGAGGCCAACAUUCGGGCUCUGGGAGAAGAGCUGGGCUUCCAGGUGCUCUCACUGAUGGGCCACAGCCUCUACGACACCCAACGGAUUUUGGAGCUGAAUGGUGGGACUCCCCCCCUGACGUACAAGAGGUUCCUUCACAUCCUGUCCCUGCUCGGGGACCCGGAGAUGCCAGUCCGAAAUCUCACAGCUGAGGACUUCCAGUGGGCUGAGGUUGGUGCCAUCCAAUGGCGCGUGGUUGGGGCUGGACUGCGAGAAACCAGUUGGCUGUGGCCUCCAGUUCUUGCUGAGGAUUUGCCCUCCAAGCAGCUCCACCUCGGGAUUUCGUUGUUCUUGAUGGAAGGAUUGUGGUCGGAGUAUUUUCCAUGGGGCUGGGUGGCCAGUUUCACCAAGCCGAAAACAGUCCCGAAUUCACUGCUUCCAAGCACCACCGGCCUGAGCCCCUAUUUCAGCAUGGGCUGCCUGUCAGUCCGCAGCUUCUUUUAUAGGCUGUCAAACAUUUAUGCUCAGGCCAAGCACCACUCCCUGCCCCCCGUGUCGCUCCAAGGGCAGCUGCUGUGGAGGGAGUUCUUCUACACGGUGGCAUCAGCAACACCAAACUUCACCAAAAUGGUCGGGAAUCCCAUCUGCCUCCAGAUCCGUUGGUAUGAGGAUGCUGAGAGGCUCCACAGAUGGAAAACGGCUCAGACGGGCUUCCCAUGGAUUGAUGCAAUCAUGACCCAGCUGAGGCAGGAGGGCUGGAUCCACCACCUUGCCCGGCACGCUGCCGCCUGCUUCCUGACCCGCGGGGACCUUUGGAUCAGCUGGGAGGAGGGCAUGAAGGUGUUUGAAGAGCUGCUUUUAGAUGCUGACUACAGCAUCAAUGCAGGAAACUGGAUGUGGCUGUCAGCCAGUGCCUUCUUCCACCACUACACACGGAUCUUCUGCCCGAUCCGUUUCGGGAGGCGCACAGACCCAGAGGGGCAGUACAUCAGGAAGUACUUGCCUAUUCUAAAGAACUUUCCCUCUAAGUACAUCUACGAGCCCUGGACGGCCUCUGAAGAGGAGCAGAAGCAAGCAGGAUGUAUCAUAGGUCAGGAUUACCCCUUCCCAAUGGUGGACCACAAGGAGGCCAGCGAUCACAACCUGCAGCUGAUGAAGCAGGUCCGAGAGGAGCAGUACAGAACAGCCCAGCUCACCAGAGAUGAUGCAGAUGACCCAAUGGAAAUGAAGCUGAAGCGGGGCCGCUCUGAGGAAAACUUAACAAAGACAAAAGCAGCCAGGAUGACAGAACAGACCUAGAUUCAUUGGGGUUUACCCUCUGGGAACUGAGAAAUGGCACAAGGGAGAGCAGAGGCCAUCUGAGCAGGAGGAGCUGCACUCCGUGCUUUGCCCUCUGCGUGAACCAACCACCAGCAAAAGCUUUGUACCUUCUAUGCAUUUGUUACUGCAGUUAUUUUCAAUGAAUUUGUCUGUCUGUUGGUGGCUUAGUAGUCAUUUAUUGCAGCUGUAGGUAAUGGACGUGUUUCUCUGUUGCUAUUAUUCAAAUCCACUCAACGUUCAUGCCUCUUUAUGAAUAGUUUUGAUGAUAAAUGCCACUCUUUCCAACGUGACAAAUACAUGUCAGUUUAAGAAUAAAUUGGUAUUACUGUUUUCAUACAUUAGUGUUAAAAGCAGGAUUUGCCAUAGACAGGCAAAUUUUAAGGGCAUUGUUGUAUAGUUUCUCAGUGGAUUAGGGCUGAUGUCCUUCUCGGCUUAUUCCUCUAGAACUGUAGGAUAGGUAUUUUAUUCCUCUCACGUGUCACAUGUAAAAAUUCCCCCUUCCAUUGGAAUGGCUCCUUCUGAAGUGUCACAAGGCUGAAUAGCCUGUUUUCUUUGUUAUGGUUGGGGUUCUGUUAUGGCUGUGGGUUUUCAUCACCGUGGGUGCUACUUUUGUUUAUAAAAGAAAUAAAAAUUGUUUCUGACAUGGAAAAAAUGUAAGGUCUGUAGAUUAAUCUGUUGUCACAAUUGGUGUCCAUCUGCCCU